AUGGGUUCGGUCGCCAUAGCCCCGUCGGCCGUCACGGUCGACCAACUGCCCACGCACCCCUUCUCCAGCGCCCAACUGCGACGCACAGGAGGAGAAGGAGGAGAGCUCGACGAACAGCUCACCACGUGUACGAUCUGCCUGGUGGAGUACGAGGACGGGGAGCUGCUGAAGACGUUGCCGUGCUUGCACUCCUACCACCAGGAGUGCAUCGACGAGUGGCUCUCCGGCAACAAGCUGUGCCCCAUUUGCAAGUUUGAUGUCACCACCGCGCCCAGCACCUACUCCUGA